CCAUGGAGAUUGAGCACGGACCAUAAAAACAACGCGAAGCAUAAGAUAAGGCUAGACAAAGAGAAAAACAACGCUUUUGUGUGCAUUUCCUGUCAUUAUGGAAACUUUAAACUGCCUAGAACUUUAGGCAACAAGCUUUAAGACGAGAAAACAAGAAAUAUUGAUGCCAGCAUUGGUUUUUAUCAACACUACACCUUAAAAUAGCGUCUCAAAUUGCCUAAAUUGACGUUCUUUCAUCCCUAAAAUUUUACCAGACGGCAGAGAAAAUGGCAACUCACUCAAAAGCAUUUGCUUCUAGAUUGAGAUCUACGGAACUGUACAGAAAAUGUGAUAAAUCAACUUUUGCUCAGAACUUCUUUGAAAGACUGCCGUGUACGAUUGUGACAAAGGUUUUGUCGUUCCUGGAUGCCCCUGCACUCCUCAGCAUCAGUUGUGUCAAUAAGCGCAUCCAUCAGCUCGCCAGCGACAACGCUCUGUGGAAGAACCUAUACGUGUCAGAGUUUGGCAAGAACAAAAGGCAGAAUCCUCCACCCGCAGACGGGCUGAACAUGAAGGAUCACGCUGCAGGCUACUGGAAGCGCCUCUUCCUCUCCACCGUGGAACACUGUGACACCAUGAAGUGGAAGCAACUUCUUGGACAUGUCAGCCGUCUCACCCAUCUGCCAAGCCGAACAGAGCAGGUCCUCAGAGACUCUCGCGUCACCUGGGAACUGACCCUCACUUCCAAGUCAGGACAGGUGUGUACUUUGGAGCAGAGCCGGUCUCAGUUCUGCAAGACUUCUCUGACACUGUGCUGGAGCGGAGGACUCUACUUACCCAACUAUGAGGAGAUUUCCACCCUUCAACUCACCGGCGUCAGGAGGAUUGAACUCGGCCGCUUCGGCCUUAAGAAGAGGUCCCUCAUGGCCAAGUUGGACAUGCAGCCUCUAACUAAAAGCGCACAGGUCAUCGGGCAGGACAGACUGGUGCAGCUGAAGCUGCUCCAACCUGGAGUCCUCGUGGGCCUCUGGAGGGGCCAAAGCUCCGUUGCCUUCUUCAUGUUCACCCUCCACUUCCACAAGUUGAUGGAGAGAAGCACUCAAGGAUCUGCUGCGUGUCCGUACACAGAACCAAUCAUCAAACCACCCUUUGAUGAUGUGGACCCCGACUAUGGUCUCCACGGUUACCAGGUACACGUAGCUCUCCACAACACCACCUGUGAGCUACUCUCUGAGAGCUUUUCACAGCUCUUCUGCCCCAAAGAUCUGAUCUCUGAAGGAUUCAUUCGUCUCACAGCCAUCAGCAGAACCGACCUGGCUCAGCACACACCUGUGUUAGGCAGCGUCACCUUGCCCUGGCAGUGUGAAGUCCUUCAGGGCUCAGUGGAGAACUGCUGCAUCAUGAGUCUCACUCUUCUUGAUGAAUUCAGGAAGCCCUUUAAGUGCGUCUGCUCGCCUGUUUCCAUGGAGCUGGAGAAGACGUCCGUUUGUUUGGACUAUAACGACCAGCACUUUCUGAUCCACCAUAAGGAGCCCGACGUUCAGGUGAAGAUGGAGCUUGCGUGGUCGAGGGAGCAGGAGAAGUUUGUCCUCAUCAGUUUGGUCAUCAAUGUGAGUGUUCAGGAGGUCAACAAGCAUUUCAGUAGAGAUUACUAACCUUUCUGUUUUUCUGAAACACCUCCAAAUUCAAGGACUUUUCAAAAUUCCUUCACUUUGUGUCAAAUGGAAAAAAAAUGUUGUGAAGCCCAAAACUUCUUAAAAGUUUCAUGUGAAUUUUUAAUUUUAACAAUAAAGUUGUUUUCAUAGA